UUUAUUUUUUUGCCACGAUAUCUUAAAGACAAGCCCAAACUUCAUAUAGCUCCCUUUAUUUUUUUAAAUUUUUUAAAAAAAUUUUGAGUAUAUAGCUCUCUUUAAAGGUUGAGCAACGGAGAUAAUGAUGAAACAAGACAAGCCCAAACUUCAUAUAGCUCUCUUUAUUUUUUUUAAUUAAAAAAAUUUUUUUGAGUAUAUAGCCCUCUUUAAAGGUUGAGCAAUGGAGAUAAUGAUGAAACAAAAUAAAUACAGCGCUAUUUCAAAGAGUUGUCUGUGUGCCAGCUUUAGAAUAAGAAAACCCCAAAGUCAUAGUUAUUUAUGUAUGUUAUUAGUCUUAUACAGUUAUCUGUCUACGUGUUUAUAUGUGUAAUAUGGCUUUUAUUUGUUAUUUCAUAAAAAUCUGCAUACAAUUGUUUCUCUAUAUUCUGUGAAUUUAUAUUUUGUAUUAAUCAUGAAUAAUUAAUGUUUUACAUUAAUACAAGAAGGAAAGCAUACAAGAAGGAAAAUGAAUGAACUGUAUAGUAUAAGGAUUCAAAAUAGCACUUGACUGUUGCCACAAUUGGCAUGAUGAAGUUGUGAAGGAAUUCUCUUUGGACCAUGUCCACUGUAGAUGAUAUCCAGGGCCAAUGUUAGUGUCUAAAUUGCAUUAUUGCCAUAGGGCUACAGGUGUCCUUAAAGCUGGCAAACUACUUUCAACAGUAACCCUCAUCAAGGACGUUGGUCAUGUUUUAAAAUUAAUAGUUUUCUGUAUAUGUUUUAGUGCUUAUGGAUGGCAAAUCCAAAUUGACUUGCUUUCAGUAUAUCAUUUUACACUGUUGAUCUAUAAUUCAUUACCUGAGCACACCAGGGGAGGCAGUGCUGUGAAUUGUACACUGGCAAGCUACUUGGUGAAACCAUGCUUUGUAUUUUUAAUGUGUUUAAUUAUAUUUAAAAUCAAGCAGGGCUGAGGGUUGUGUCUGGUUUUCUGUGAAAGUAUGGAUUGUUUUCUGAGGGUUGCAGUUGAUGACGUUUUGAUACCAUAUUAAUAUGUUUGCUGCUGCUACCAAGAGUUUUGUCAAGCAAGUUGGAGAUGGAGGGAGAUUAGUUCCUGUUCCAAGCCUCAGUGAGGCUGACAAAUACCAACCUCUAAGUCUGGUGGUAAAAAAGAAGCGAUGCUUUCUCUUUCCUAGAUAUAAAUUUACCUCAACACCUUUUACGCUGAAAGAUAUCCUUCUAGGAGACAGAGAAAUUUCAGCUGGUAUUUCAUCUUAUCAGUUACUGAAUUAUGAAGAUGAAUCAGAUGUUUCCCUUUAUGGAAGGCGAGGCAACCAUAUUGUGAAUGACGUUGGGAUUAACGUCACUGGAUCAGAUUCUGUUGCAGUAAAAGCUUCAUUUGGUGUAGUGACCAAACACGAAGUGGAAGUAUCAACAUUGCUCAAGGAAAUUACUACACGAAAAAUUAAUUUUGACCACAGCUUGAUACGUCAGACAAGGAGCAACAGAAAGGCAGUAUUGUGUGUGGUCAUGGAAAGCAUUCGGACCACGAGGCAGUGCUCGCUGUCUGUGCAUGCUGGAAUUCGCGGGGAAGCCAUGCGGUUUCAUUUUAUGGAUGAACAGAAUCCCAAGGGAAGGGACAAAGCUAUUGUUUUUCCGGCACACACAACCAUAGCUUUCAGUAUUUUUGAACUCUUCAUUUACUUGGAUGGUGCCUUUGACCUUUGUGUCACUUCAGUGUCAAAAGGAGGAUUUGAGAGGGAAGAAACCGCAACGUUUGCACUGCUCUACAGAUUGAGGAAUAUACUAUUUGAGAGAAAUAGAAGAGUGAUGGAUGCCAUUUCUCGUUCACAGCUUUACUUAGAUGAUCUUUUUUCUGACUAUUAUGACAAACCUCUCAGCAUGACGGAUAUUUCUCUCAAAGAAGGGACUCAUAUCCGAGUUAACCUGCUUAAUCACAACAUUCCAAAAGGACCUUGCAUACUCUGCGGAAUGGGGAACUUUAAAAGGGAGACGGUUUAUGGAUGCUUUCAGUGCUCUGUCGAUGGGCAGAAGUAUGUGAGACUUCAUGCAGUUCCAUGUUUUGAUGUUUGGCACAAGAGGAUGAAAUAAAAUGGAAAAUGAAUGUAGUGUGUUUAGGUGCAACUGUGCCACACACCUUUCCAAAAUCACCUAGAUAUGCUUUGGUGAAUUGUGGCAAAUUAAAGAGGGAAAGAGAAAUUCAUCUGCCUGGGCAUCAUUUUCUUCAUCCAUAAGCAUGGAGAUGAUAAUGGUGGCUGCCCUAUAAAUUGUCAUAAAGAUUAUAUUGUUUAUGUGAGGGAUGCCUGGGUGGCUCAGUGGUUGAACAUCUGCCUUCGACUCAGGGUCCUGGGAUUGAGUCCCACAUCGGGCUCCCUGCGUGGAGUCUGUGUCUCCCUCUGCCUGUGUCUCUGCCUCUUUCUUUCCCUCUCAUGAAUAAAUAAAAUCUUAAAAAAAAAAAUAUAUAUAUAUAUAGUUUAUGUGAAAACAGGUUUAUAUAUAAAUUUUAAAAUAUAAAUGCUCCUCCAUGAAAUCUACCAGUUACUUUAGAAUUAUAUUUGGGAUUAGGCUAUCAUUUUAGAUAAUUUUACAUGCUGAUUUUUCCAGGUAUCAAUUGUAUUUUUAAUUGACUUUUAAUUCAACAUUAAGAAUGACAAGAGGUUAAAAGUGGUGACUUUAUGGUACUUUAACCAUUGCCUUAGAUCUGGUAAAAUGAGAAAAAUGUGUUAAUAAUUUAAUGUAAUCCUAAAUGUUUAAUUGUGGUAUCAAAUGAAAAGCACAUUGAGCACAGCGUGGGGUUUUGUGUACAGUUAACAGGGUGAUUCAUAGUAUGCCAUCCUGUAAUAUACACAUGCUCACUGGUUUUGUCUUUAUAAAAACCUACUACUGUCAUUUUAAAGGUAAGGCAGCUAGGACACCUUUAUCUUUCUCCUUUGAAAAUGCUUAAAAUUGGGGGAUGCCUGGGUGGCUCAGGGGUUUAGCGCCUGCCUUUGGCCCAGGAAGUGAUCCUGGAGUCCCGGGAUCAAGUCCCGCUUUGGGCUCCCUGCAUGGAGC